AUGGCAGAAAAAGAAAUAGAUAGACACGCUGAUCCACUAGAGUGGUGGAGUGACAACAUGCAACGAUUGCCAAUUCUGGCAACAGUAGCUCGAGUUUAUUUGGGUGCCCCACCGACAAGUGUACCAUCAGAACGUCUUCAACUCCAUACUGGAAUGGAUGUUCUUCAACACAUUAUCUACAGAAGAUCGCUACUUCCUCAUAAUGUUAAGAAGUCAGCAAUUUUAUCAUGCCCUCCUUACAAGAUUCAGGGUUACAAGAGAUGUGAAUAUUAUCAAGAACCUUAUGAAGAUGGACAAGAAGUAUUCAGAUUUGAGCUGUUUUGGAUUGGUUCUACAGAUUUAAAGAACCAAAUUAGGAAGGAUAAAAAACGCUCAGAUAAAGAUAAGCACGAUGAUUUAACUUUUUUGGAAGACCAGGAAGGACCGAGAUAUUUUAGUUCGGGAUCAGAAGAUAGAAAAUUUAGCAAAAAGGUUUCUGAAGGUGUGAGGAAGAGGACAAGGCUAGAAGACGAAUCUCCUAAGAUUGAUGCUACCUCAGAAUUAGACUUGAGUUUCACUGACACUAGCGCUGAUUCUGAUUCACAAUUUGAACCCAAAGUUUGGCAUCAUAGAAGAGCAGAUGAUUGCAACAUUACUGCCAAAGUCCCUAAGAAUAUUUUUGAUGGAAAUGUAUCUAUCAUAGCUACAGCAAAUGAUAUCUCCCCCAAUGUCUUACAAAAAGUAACUCGAGCAAUUCUUCAAGAUUGUGGAGUUGAUAUCGCAAAAUGCAAAGCCAGUGCUUCAACAGCAUUAAGGAAGAAGAAAAAAACUGCCAAGGAUACUGCAGAAAUUGCUAAAUUAGAUAUAAAGAAGGCCGUGGAAAAAAACCGUUAUCCCUGUAUAAUUCAUUUUGAAGGAAAGACUUUGUUUGAAAUAAAUCAGGGAAAAAGACUGAAGAAUGAAAGAUUAGCUGUGCUCGUUAAUAUUGAGGGGGUGUCGCAUCUUCUUGGAAUACCUGCCUUGCCGUCUUCUUCAGGUGAAAAUAUGUAUAUAGGAAUCAUGAAAAUACUAGAAGAAUAUGACCUCAUUUCAAAAGUAUGCGGAGUAUGCUUUGAUACAACUUCAAGUAAUACUGGUUCUAAGAAAGGAUCACUUACUAGGAUUGCAAGAGAGGUUGACAAAUACCUUCUUCUACUAGCAUGUAGGCAUCAUACCAUUGAGCUUAGAAUGGUUCAUUUCUGUGAAGCAGUGAUAAAAGAGAAUAGCGUAGGGCCUGAAAAUCCUUUAUUCGUAAAGUUUAAACAUAUAUUUGAGAACCCUAACUUCAAAUACGACGAAAAUAACCUGACCUCUCUUGAUUGGAAAACCGUGGAAGGAACAGUUUUGAAGGAAGCUGCAAGGAAAACUUUAGAUUACUGUGAGACCUAUAUUACUAAAAAAUGCAAUAUGAGAAAUGACCGAAGAGAGUUGGCUCAGCUAACCAUGCAGUAUUUAUCCCCUUCUGCACAUUUUAAAUUAAAGAAAACUGGAGCUGUUCAUCAUGCUAGGUUUUUAGAGUUUAUACUACCUUAAACUUCAGCUUUUGUGCAAGCAACUGACAUUUGUGCAAGAAAAUGAUAAUCUACGCGAAGAUUUAAAACUCAUCUGCGAGUUCAUAGUAUGUUUUUACACAAGGUGGUACCUUCAAGCACAUAAAGCAAUUCAAUCUCCUGCGUCUGAUCUUGAUGCAAUCUUUCAGAUGAAAGAGUAUAAGAAAGUUUGCUCCAAUCCGGUGGCAGUAGACGCAGUGUUAAUAUCUCUUUAUAAGCAUACAUGGUAUCUUGAUUCAACGAUUAUUCCCUUGGCUCUUUUGGAUAAAAAUAUUUCAAUGGAUAAAAAAACAGCCAUUGCAGAUGCUUUGCUUUCCUUCCAAAUGCCAGAUCCAGAUUUUUUUAAACAUUGAAGCAAAGAUCGAAUAGACGAGAUUAAUAUCAUAAAUAAUAUGAAGGUACCAACCCUCUCUCUUUUGGUUAAUGAGUUUUCAUAUUUAAUUUUUUCAAUGAUAGGGUUGGAUAAUCAGAGAGUGAGAGACUGGUUGUCACUUCCACCCCAAUAUUUUCACACCCAGUCCUCGUUUAAGAAUUUUGAAAACUUUGCCAAAAUGUUAAUUGUUGUCAAUGAUCAUUCUGAACGAGCAAUCGGAAUGAUGCAGCAGUUUGUACAAAGAUUCGAAAAUGAGGAUGACAAGCAGAACAGACUUUUAACUGUCGACAAAGUAAGGUCAACUUUCAAGGUUUUUGGUGUGGGAAAAAGUAAUAAUACAAAAAAAACAUCAGAAAGCCUGAUGUCACUCUCUAAAUUAAAGAAAAGGAAAUUGUAGACUUAGGAAAUUGUUAUUCAUUUUAAAAUACUUAUUUCAAUUAAUGCAUAAUUUUUGUCUUGAUAGUAUUUGUAAAGAUUUUAAUUAAAUGGUAAAUUACUUGUUUAGUUCAAAAUAGUUUGUUUUUUUGGUUGAUUUAAGCGGGAAUUUUUACGUCUGUCCAUCUGAAUGAACUUUAAGUAUGAAAAUACAUAAUUUACUGAUUUCAUAACCAC